UUGCAGCACACUGGUGCCAUCUGAUGAAGUGACUGUUCAUUACAGAUAUGGUCUUCCUGUGGUAACUCUUACUUUGCCCACAAGAGGAGAGCGCUGUCAGUUUACUAUCAAGCCAAUGGUAGUAACAGUUGGAGCAUUUCUGCAGGAUGUUGAGAGAGAAGAUAAAGGAAUUGAGAAGGCAGAAGUCUUUGCAAGAGAUGGUAGCAAGGUCUCUGAUGCAACCUUGAUGGAAGUCUUACUGAUGAAUGAUUUUAAACUUGUUAUUAACAGCAAAACGUACAGUGUGUCAUCUCCUAAAAAAGGUAAGCUGAGCAGUGAGCAUGCUACUGAAAUGGAAGAUAUCAAAUCCUUGGUUCACAGACUGUUUGUGGCUAUACACAUAGAAGAUCACCAGGUCAGGAAAGAGAGAGAAUUACUACAGAAACUGGAAUAUUUGAAAGAACAGCUGCUGCCUCUUGAACAGAUGAAAGACAGAAUCGCAGACAGUGCAGAUGCAAAGACCUCCAGGCUUCUCUGGGUGGGCUUAGCUCUGAUGUCAACACAAGGGGGAGCCUUGGCGUGGCUCACAUGGUGGGUCUAUUCCUGGGAUAUCAUGGAGCCAGUCACCUACUUCAUCACUUAUGGGAGUGCCAUGGCUUUUUAUGCUUAUUUUGUUCUAACUAAACAGGACUACAUUUACCCACAUGCUAAAGACAGACAGUUCCUCCACUACUUCUAUCGGAAAUCCAAAAGCCAGCGGUUCAACGUGCAACAAUACAAUAAGCUAAAAGAAGACCUAGCAGAGGCUGAGGAGUCGCUGAGGCGUCUGCGCCAACCACUGCAGCUGAGGCUUCCAAUCCAGCAAAUCAAUGACAAGGAUUGAUUUUUUUUUCCUAUAAAUAACUGUUUUGUC